CUGAAAUGAAUGCACCACCCGGCCCCAAUAUUUCACCACGCAGCGCAGAUGGUUGAUCGAUCGCAAGCCAGGCCUUACGUCACAUACAACACCAACAGAAAAGCGGCAACACCAGGACGAUGAGCUACUACUUCGCAAUCAUCGGCACCCAAGACAACCCGCUCUUCGAGUACGAGUUCGGCACAAGCAAGCAGGGCGGCGAUGGCCAGGCACGCUUCAGCGAGCAGGCACGGCAUCUGAACCAGUUUGUUCUGCACAGCAGCCUGGACAUUGUCGAGGAGGUGCAGUGGACAAACGGGCAACUAUAUCUGAAGGUGAUCGACAAGUUCUUCAACAAUUACAUUUCCUGCUUCAUGACGGGCGGCAACGUCAAGUUCCUAUUGCUGCACCAGCCGACAGCGACAGCGGCCGGGGCGACGCGCAACUCGACGUCUGUCGGCGCCAACCCGACGAGUCCACAGACCGAGGAGGCUAUCAAGAACUUCUUUAACGAGGUCUACGAGAACUAUAUCAAAGCUAUCAUGAGCCCGUUUCACAAAGUUAAUAUGGAAAUCCGGAGUCCGGUAUUUCGGCAGAGGGUUGCGGCGGCUGGAAGGAAAUAUUUGUAGAUACCAGGGAAGCAGCUUAUAAAAGCAUGGACACCAUCACAUAUGGUCCAGUCACAGCGCAGGCAACAGCAAGUGAUGAUCAAAAUCAAUGCAUUUCAUCGGC